UACCGACGACAAAUGCACGUAGUACAUAUGUACGUUUCUUCCACUGACUUCGUUCAUGUCCUGUUCGAUCUCUUGCUUGUAGUGGAAAUAACGAAGAUUAAUUUUUCCCUCUAUAUUUUUGUGAUAUUUUCUUUGCGGUUUUUUUAAUGCGGGCAACAUUAUAGUUCGUAUAAAGAGAAUUAAAAACAGUGAGAAAGUGCGCGAUUAAAAUUUAGUGAAGAAGAAGUGAAAAUGAUCGAUCGUUGCGUUAGAACCGAUGUGCAAAGAAGCUUAAGGAAUCACGAAUGAAUUUAUCUUGAAAACUCGGGUGUAAAUUAAAGUAAAGCAUCGUCGGGCCUAGUUUUGGUUGAAACGACUGCAAGAUAUUGAUACACGGAGAAGUUACAUUUUUCAUUGAUGUUUUUCUUCGAAGACCGUAUGUCACGUGAAAUAACCAGGACAUGUUUGAAGGAAGCUCGAGUUCAAGGUUUCGGCAACGGUAACGACAUCGAUACGAAAAAAGAAGAGAAAGUUUCAUUCGUUGAAAUAAAUCUCUCGAGCUACUAUAAACCUUGAAACCUUAAAAGGAAAGCAUUGAAAAAGUAACACGAAAUUUUUAGCAAAUCCUUUGAUUCUCUUGCGCUGCACCAUGAGAAUCAAAAUCAAGUAUCAGCCGUUGAUCUUAAUACUAUUGCCAGCAGUCGCGGGUACUUUCGUGGACCUGUUGCGAAACAUGCUUCAAUCAGGAAGGGAUGAUGUCGACAAAAAUGGAAUUGUGUAUCCUGUGAUAUAUGGUGGCAUAAGAAGUCAACCUCGUGUUCCUGAUCAUGUGCCAUUUCCGUGUAAUGUACAAUUUGGGAGAUCGUUAUCAGUACCUGACAGUGUGCAUCGUUUACGGCCUGGUGAUAUAGAUGUAGUCGGUGGACUGGGCGAUUCGUUGGUCGCAGGAAGCGGAGCUCUGGAAGAGUUUGCAGUAGGAACAUUUAUAGAAGCACGUGGAGUUAGCUGGUGUGUAGGUGGUCAAGGUGAUUGGAGACGAUUCUUAACCGUUCCUAAUUUGCUAAAGGUGUACAAUCCCAAUUUAAUAGGAUAUUCAACGGGCACAGGUGAAUUUAUCUCAACGAAAGCGAAACUAAAUAUAGCCUUUCCUGUCGCUGCUACGGAAGAUGCGUUACAACAAGCUCGGAUUCUUGUUCAAAGGAUCAGAAGAGAUCGAAGAAUAAACAUAAGGAAACAGUGGAAGCUGAUUACAAUCUUCUUCGGCGCAAACGAUAUUUGCUCCGCCGAAUGUUUCAAUCGUGUACAGUUUUCGCCGCUUCGCUACGCUCUUCAUCUGCGAAGGACGUUGGACUUCUUGAAAAUUGUUCUACCUCGUACAUUAGUCAAUCUUGUGCCAGUCAUAGAUGUUACAGUUUCUAUUAGGUUACCACAAAGUACCAUGUGCCAUAUAUUACAUCCACUUUACUGUGCUUGCAUGCACAGAGGUAAUCGACCGGACAUUGCGGCUUCGAAAAUGUCGCAUCUUUAUCAGCAAGCCGUCGAAGCUUUAAUAUAUUCAGGAAGAUACGACACGUCUCCGAAUUUUACGGUGGUAUUGCAACCGUUCAUUAAAUUAUUUAAUGCUCCGAACUCAAAUCCAAAGGGAGCACCACCGAUUGACCCUAGUCUGGUGACGUACGAUUGCUUUCACUUCAGUCAAAAGGGACAUGCAUUAGGAGCGAAUUUACUGUGGAACAACAUGCUGGAACCAGUCGGGAAUAAAACCGAGCAAGGGCUACCAGAAAUAUUUGAAAGGCUUUUAUGUCCGAACGAGAGAGCGCCGUACAUUUUCACGAAUGUAAAUUCGAGAUAUUUUCGAAUGACAGGACGCCAGGAUGGGACCAUACCCAGAUAACAAACGGAGUAUCACUGACAGCGAUGUUUUCCCUUGUGAUAAUUACUGAUACGUAUGUCAAUGGAAAAACCACCGCGUCAACGGAAGAAUUUCACGUUUACAUGCACGCAGAUAUUCGUAAAUAGACAUGAAAAGGUGAAAAAGAUGAAAAGCAUGAUACUUUAGCAUCCUGAUUAUUACCUAAACUAAUUAACUAUAAUACAAAAGCUUUAACUGUCCAUUUAAACAGCUAAAGAGUGAAAUUAUGAGAUAAUUUAUAUUUAUAUACGUUAUGUCUUUUACCUUCAUUUACAAUGACAGAUAA